CCUCCUCCUCCUCCUCCUCCUACUCCUCCUCCUCUUCAUCACCACAUGCUCCAGGACUUGGCCCGUAGCCCUGACACUGUUGACGUUUCCAUGGAAACCUUGGCUUCUCUUUGGGCCCAUGACCCCAGUGACCCCUGUGACCUCAUCGACCUCGGGGAGAAGCGGCACGAGCCGUCGUCGGUGUGGGAGGCUCAGUGUGUUUUUAACAGCUCUCCUCCUGCUGGUUUGACGUGGACAGAGCAGCUCUCCCCUCAUCUCCAGAGGAAUAAACAGCUUCAGGACACUCUGCUGCAGAGAGAGGAGGAGCUGGCCAGACUGCAGGAGGAGAACAACAAACUCAGAGAGUUCCUCAACUCCUCCUUUGUGAGGAACCUGGAGGAAAAGGCUAAAAAACUAACCGCUGACGGGAGGAAGAAGCUGAAGAGGAACCUGAUGUACGUUGAUGACGGACCUCAUCUUCUGUCCUCUCAGCAGGUCAGCAAGCGAGUCUGCAGGAACCUCACCGCUGAGUUCUGCUCUGAUUUCUCCGAGACGUCUGCCGCCUCCGAACCAAACCUGGACCUCUGGGUUCUGCGAACGCUGGGGCUGAAAGACCGAGACACCAUCGACACGUCCAACGACUCCUCUUCCUCCUCCGGACUCAGCCUCAGCAGUUUGGUUUACGAUGCUGCAGUCACCUCGCCGCACCGUCCUCAGUCCACCUUGAAUUCUUCUUCAGUCGCCGCCUUUACGCCUCCGUCUGUCCACCGCUACUGCCAAAGACGUCAAACUGAAUUUAGCUACAGAGCUGCUGAACGUCAAGAGGCAAAUAAAAGGAGCUGUGCUGAUCCUGCCGUCAAUAACUCAGCUCCGAACUGCACAAGUUCUCCAGAUCAGCGCUCUGACUUCACUGCCGCUGGACAGUAUGACGCUCCUGCAGCUGUGAUCAGCAGCUUCGGCUCAUUAACUGCUUUUCAUUCACCUUUAACAGAAGAAACACCUUUCAGACGGUCACCAGAGAGAGCAGAGAUCUGCUCCAUCACAGCCUCGGGUCAGUCCCAGCGUCCGGAGGUGAACCCAGCAGCUUACUGGUCACCACCGAAACUCAGAGGCAGCUCGACUCCAUCGCAGGACACGAUCCAGUUCAGUCCAGCAGGAGAAAGAAUCCGUUACUCCCCCGUCUCGUCCUUGAGUCCAGUCAUGAGCCAACCGUGGACACCGGUGCAAGGCCGCGGCCCAGCGAGCCCGCCGGCGGGUUCUCAGCCUCCUGCCACGCCUCAGGCGCCUCGCAGCCGGACUGAGUUGGCGUUCAGCAUGUCCCUCAGCCCGUCCAGCAGCGUUAAGACUCACAGCUUCCCCCAGGGACAAGCCUUCGUCAGGAAGGACACCGAGGGAAGGUGGAACUUCACCUGGAUGCCCAGACAAGGACCAUAGACUGACUGACCAUCCCAGGCCAGACCUUUAGAUCUGCGAGUCAGUGUUGAACUUACUGCUGGCUUGUUAGACUUGGCUCUUGGUUUGAUGCUGGUUAUAUGAGACAACACAACCAGCAAAAGACCUUAAAGGACAUUCAGACAACAGUUUAGGGCCAUAAAGACAGAGACUAUUAUCUUUGGUUUAAUGGGAAUGGUUCCUCUGAUAACUGUUUGUUGAAACAUUAAUCACCUGAUGAUCCUGAGAUUUCAAAAAAGCUGCAUUUUGUUCAGAGAGUUUAGAGUGAGAAGAAGAAGAAGAAAACUUGUGGUACGAUGAGACUAACCAGCUCUUUGGAAGCAUUAUAAACCUCAUUUUAGGAUUUACAUCUAACACCAAAAACUGUGGGAACAUUUUACAAUUUAAGUAUGUAGAUAACUUAGAGAUAAACUUACAAUGAGUGUAACAUAAAAAAUUAACUAAAACGUUGUCUGUAUGCUGAACUAUAUAUUUAGUUUGUUUGUGAAACUGCCACAAAAACAUUAGUGAUCACAUUUUGUGUCCCUUGUUAUAUCAAAUAAAACGGAUCCGACAUGGCGCCACAAAGCGACGACGACUGCCUCGUAAGUAAAACAGUAACUGCAGAUUUUAGCAGAUUUCGAGAACCAAGAAAAAUGAGACUAAAAAGAAAAAUACAGCUAAUCAAUGUAAAACUGCCACUAACUGGAGGACAUGGUCAAGUCCUCACUGCCGCCAUCGCUAACGCUGCCACCAGUAAACUGGUUCUAUUUGUAAACACAAUCUGCGACAUUAACUUCUAAAACUUUAUCUUCUGGAUUCAAAUACUUCUCGACGGUAAUGGUAGCGUACUAACUAGUAAUGUAGCUAGCGCGUUAGCCAGCUAGCAAGCUCGCCAGCUAAACACAAAGCACUUUUCAACACAAAGUUAAAAUCUUCUGAAUCUGUGACAUCACAGAGUUUCUGCUCUGCAAUUUUUUAUUUUACCAGAUGUGUUUAAAACAACAUGAGAGAAACAUCACAAGAACAUGAAUUUAUUGAAUGUGGAACAACAUUUCGUAUGUGAUAAAUUCACCAGCAUGUAUGUUUUUCAGAUGACUGACAUAAAAAAAAUUACUUAUUUACGUGAAACAUGCUGUCAUAUGCAAAAAAAAAAAAAAAUCACACAUAGGCACAUGUGACUUAUAUAUUUCACAUGUGAAAACAAUACAUGUAAUGUCAUAUGUGAAACAUGAGCAUAUGUGGUUUGUAUGAAAUGACACACGUGAAAUCUCAUAUUUUACAUGAGAAAAAGAGGUUUUCCUCCAUUUCUACAUACAAAAAAAACACGUUAAAUGCAUGUUUGAAAACCAUGUGCAUAUAUCAUGGAAGCAAAAAUCAAAUGUGAUAUGUUUUAUCAAGAUGUGAGAGGUUUCACAUGUAAUAUGACAUGUAAAAUUAUUGUCUUCAUAUGUGAUGUCAUACAUUUCCCUCAUGAAAAUCUGUGAUUCUAUGGAAAGCCAGAGAGGUCAAAAACACUCAAAAUUGACAUCUGAAGUCAUGCAUUGACACAUUGUUGACAUGUUCUUAACACAUGAAAGUUUUACAUGUUGUCAACACAUUAUAACAACGUGUUGACAACAUGUUGACAAUAUGGUGUCAAUUCCUGACUUCAGAUGUCAACUUUGUACGUUUUUGGCCUCUUUUGCUGUCCGUAGAAACGUGUGCUUACGUGUGAAAUUUUCAUGUGUCGAAUAAGAUGUAAAAUGUGAUUUGUAUUCUUUGUGAGUGUUGUUUUCACAUGUGAAGUCUUAACAUUUCACAUGUAAAAUAUCUGAGAGUUACAUGAAUAUGUGUGAACGGUUUUGCAUAUGAAAGCGUGUUUCACAUAACUUAACGUUUGUAAUGUUUUAUUUGUUUUGUGUUGUUUUUGGUAUUCAGGACUAAUUCAUGUGUCAAAGUUCACUUCCACAGAUGAUGUUUCCAUUUAAAUGAGUUGAGUUUGUUGUAAACUUUACUGCCAUAAACUCUGUCCUGUCACAGAUAUCUGCUGAUCUGCUGCUUAAAUAUAAAAAGUCUAAAUCAGAGGCGACAUAUUCAAAGUAAAUGUGAAGAAUAUAUCCAUAAAUAUUUAAUCCACAUAUCAGCAGCUGAUUCUGUUCAACUGUUUAACACGUUUCAUGUCGGCCGCUCAGUGAGGCUUUAACCACUCUAACAGGCUGUUUGUGUUUCUAUAUGAACUUGUACAUAAUGUAACUGCCUGCAAACUGUGAACUAACAAAAACAAAAAACUGAUUCACAGA